AUGGAGAACAUCACUGCAGUGAAUGAGUUUAUUUUGCUGGAACUGACCUCCAUGCGAGAGCUACAGCCUGUAAUCUUUAUGACUUUCCUCAUUCUGUACAUGAUCGAUCUUCUUGGAAAUGGGUCCAUAUUAGUGAUUGUCAUCUCAGAGCCAAGACUCCACUCCCCUAUGUAUUUUUUCCUGGGAAACCUCUCUUGUCUGGAUAUCUGCUAUUCUUCAGUGACGCUGCCCAAGCUAAUGUCAACCCUCCUCUCCACUCGCAGGACCAUAUCUUUCCUAGGCUGCAUCACGCAGCUACACUUCUUCCACUUUCUGGGCUGCACUGAAGCCAUCUUGCUGGCCAUUAUGGGCUUUGACCGAUUCGUGGCCAUCUGCUACCCACUUCGCUACACUGUCAUCAUGAGCCCCCAGGUGUGCGUCCUCUUGGCAGCCGUGGCCUGGCUCACCAGCUUCUUUUAUGCUCUGAUGCAUUCUGUCAUGACCGCACGCCUGAGCUUCUGCCAUUCUCUGAAGCUCAAUCACUUCUUCUGUGAUGUGAAGCCACUCUUAGAAUUGGCUUGUGGUGACAUACAGCUCAAUCAGUGGCUCAUUUUCAUGGUCACUUGCAGCUUAGCUAUGGCGGCAUGCUUCCUCACGCUCCUGUCCUAUUUCUACAUCAUUGGCUUUCUUCUGCUCAAGAGCCAGAACUGCGGUGUGCUCCGCAAGGCUCUGACCACCUGUGGCUCCCACUUCAUGGUGGUGUCUCUCUUUUAUGGAACCGUGGGGCUCACCUACAUUCCCCCGACCUCUGCGGGCUCCGUAAUACAGGAACGGUUUGCAGCUGUCACACACACUACCGUCACCCCGGCUCUGAAUCCACUGAUAUACACCCUUAGGAACAAGGAGGUGGCUUUGGCUCUGAGGAGAUUGUUUGGGAGGAAGCUGAAGAAAGUCACUGACAACACUAGAAGAAGCCAAAAUUGUAUGUUAUUCUUAUCACGUUUAUUUUCUCAUCUGUAA